AUGCUGACCAUUGAUGAAAUAGUGGGGGAAAAGGAUCUUGUCCAGCUGUUCCGAACGAUUGUAAGGAAAGGGGAAGUAAAGUUCCUAAACAGACAAUAUAUAGUAAAGAGGAUAAGAGAGUUUGCGCCUUUGUCGAUGGAGGAUCUUGAGGGGCUUUACGAUGAAGAUAUUCUAGAGGAGCUGGAGAGAAACAGAAGGUGGUCUAUUUUAAGGAGGCUGAAAAGAGACAGGAAAUGA